AUGGCAGACAUUGCUUCAACCUUGCGCUCAAUCUCGAAGGAAUCCUUCGCCUCCGAGCCUGAUCGUCAACAGGCCGUUACGGAAGCGCGAGCCCUAAUUGCCCGCCUCGAGUCGCCGUGGGAGACAGCUUUUCGCCAGUCAUGGAUCGAGCCAUCACGUAUGGCUUGUUUGGAAAUUGGAAAUAAAAUUGGUCUAUGGACUAAAUGGGUUGCUGAUGGCAGUGCACCAAAGACUUUGGAAGAAAUUUCCAAGCUUGUCACUUGUGACAGUCAGCUGCUCUCCCGAGUUAUCUGGCAGCUAGCUGGCACGAAUCUACUCAAGGUUGUCAAACCUGGAGUUUUUGGCCUCACUCCGUUCACCGCAGCCCUAGGAGACGGCCCGCAAAUUGCAAGCACCGUCGCCUUGUAUUUUGAAGUCCAAGGCCCUGCUUUACAUACACUUCCGAGCUACGUGGAGGAUCUUGGCUUCAAGAACCCGACCGAUCAAGUCAAUGGCUCUUUUGCCAAAUGGGCUAAAGCUCCUCUCUGGGAGUGGCUGAAGGAGCAUCCUGAUGCCGAAAAAGUCAUUGGCACUGUCAUGCAGACUUAUGCCGGAAACAGGCCGACUCUUUCUCAAGUUUACCCUACGGAUAAGUUGCUCAGUGGCACUAGUGAUGUUGUUCUUGUUGAUGUCGGUGGUAGUUUGGGUCAUGAUUUGCUCGCUUUCUCGAAGAUCUCCGAUUUCAAGCCUCAAUCCCUCGUGCUCCAGGAUCGAGCUCCUGUGCUUGAAAACGCAGGAGAGCUAAUCCCAGCCAUCAAGAAGAUGGAGUAUGACUUUUUCACGCCUCAGCCUGUCGAAGGUGCCGCCGCUUAUUACUUACAUUUCAUCCUUCAUGAUUGGCCUGACGCAGAUUGCAAGAAGAUUCUCAGUAAUCAAAAAUCAGGGAUGAAGAAAGGCUAUAGCAAGCUGCUGCUUCAUGAAGUGGUCCUUGAUGCGGAUCAGCCCAAGGAGACUGGUACCUCUUCUGACAUAGCGAUGAUGGCCAUGGUCUCUGGUAUGGAAAGAACCGAAGCGCAGUGGGCUGCCUUGCUGGAAGAGUCGGGCUUCAAGAUUGUCCAAAUUUAUCACCAUGGUCUUGGAGCCGACUCAUUAACCACUUGGGGUGUUUGA